AUGAAUGUUCUUAUUGAAAUCCUCCUUAUUUGGUAUUGCGUUGCCAUUCCAUCUAUCAAAUUAAUUGAAAAAUUUCCAUAUGAAGAAGAAGGAGAAACAAAAGAUUGGGAGACAGGAUUUGUUUCAAUUAACAAUAUAGUCAAAGAAUUUAAUUAUGCUGUAAUUUUUGAUAUUAGAACAACAAAAGAAAUUAAAAUCAACUUUUGUAAUGGACAUGAAAGUAGUAUUUAUAUGAUUGAAUCAAUAAUUAAUGAAACACUAAUAUCAACAUCUUGGAAUACUCAUAACAUUGAAUGUAAUAAUGGAGGUAGUUUUUAUUUGUAUAAAAAUGAAACAUUAUCAAAUGAAACAAGUUUAUUUGCCAUAACAUCAAAUGAAGAAUUUAAAUAUCAUCUUGUUAUAACAGAAGAAAAUAUUCAAAAUUCAACAUGUGGGUUUCCUAUUGUGUUAAAUACAACUUUUAUGAAUUAUAAGAGUAUAAAUGGAAAUAACCAAAUAUAUUCAUUCAUAGCUAAAGAUACUCAAACUCAAAUUGUUCUUAAUUACGAAGGUGAACAUUUUGUAAAUGGAAUGAUUAAAGAAACAUGUGAAAAUAAACAAGAAAUAAAAAGUAUUUAUCAACAACAUACACAAUUCAAUCAUUCAUUUGUAUUUGAGAGUAUUCCAUCACACCAAUAUUAUUUCAUUGUUUAUGAAGGAGAAGGAAUGUAUCGUAUUUCUAUUGAUUUUUAUGUUCGAAGAUUUGAAAGUACAUGUGAAGAACCAACUAAUGGUACGUUAUUAUUAAAUGAAGAAAUAAUUGAUUUGAAUACUCAAAAGAAUGUAUGGAUUAAGUUUAAUAAACAAGACUCAACUUUUGUUUUAAUAGAAACACUCAAAGGAAAUGUUGAAUAUUCAAUGUAUGAGAAUUGUCAGUCUAAUAGUAAAUCAUUUACUUCUAAUGAACAAGAACUUAUUGUAAAUCAAGAAGGGAGUUUGAUUCAAGUUCAUACAAUAAGUGAAUAUUCAUUAAUUAGAUUUAAGACUUAUAAUUUCUCAACAAUAACAACAUGCAAAGAACCAUAUUUAUUUCAACUCAAAGAAAAUAUGAUUAAUGAUGGAGGAUUAUUUGAAUUAAAUUACUCUCAAUUUAUUCCAACAGAAGGUGAUUGUGGUGAAUCUAUUUAUAUUAAUAGUGAAACAAAAGAUACUGGAUAUUGGAUUGGGAUUGAUAAUCCAUUGAAUUAUGAAGUUGGAGUUAAUAUUAAAACACAUGGAUUUUUUGAGACAUAUCGAAUGUGUGGAAUGGAGUGUAUUGAUAGAUUCAAAGAUUCAUCUCCAUUAAUUCUUUUACCACAUCAAAUGAAUUAUAUUAGGUAUAUCCCUUCAAUAAUUGGAGAUGAAGAAAGUAAUAGUAUUGUUGUUUUUGAAAUUAUACCAAUAUCAAACCCAUUUCAACCAAAACAAAUUAAUACUAUUCCUUAUUCAAGUGAAAUGACAGUGAGUAAAAUUCAACCAUUAAUAUGCUCAAAUUCUUCUAAGCCAUCUUCAUUUUAUACUAUUCAUUCAUCAAGAAGAUGGAAAAUAGAUAUUUCCACUUGUGAAACAUCAACAAAUAUGAAUUAUGAUAUUAAUGUAAAAAAUGAAUUAAAUUGUAUUGAUAUUGAACAAUUAGAAUGUGAUAAUGGAAAACAUAAUCAAAGACAUACUGUUUUAAUGCAAAGUGGGAUUGAUUAUCAAAUUGAAAUAAUUGGAAAUAACAAUGAAGGAGAUUUUGAAACAGGAGUUGUUUUUCCAAUAUUCUCUUAUGCCAGAAUGAGUGUUGAUUGUUCUUUUCCUGAUGUUCAAUAUACAAUCACUAAUCAAUCAUUCUUUAUAUCAACAACAAUUUAUAAUGAAACUCUUCCAUCUCCUGAUGCUUGUCAUUCAAAAGAAAUGAAAGGAACAUUUAUUCAAUUUAUUUCAAAGUCUGAUAAAUUGAAUAUUAAAGGAUGUUCUCCUUCUGUUAUUCAAAUAAGUAUAUUUUCUGAAUGUAAAAAUGGUAUUGAAAGUGUUUGUUUUGCUAAGAAUGAAAGUGAUACUGAAUGUACUACAGUUUCUCUUUCUGUAGAACGAGAUAAAGUAUAUUAUGCUCGUUUUGCUACUGAUAAUAUGAAUAAUGAUGUUGAUAUUAAUAUUACUUUUGAAAGUAUUGGGGUUGUUGAACAAGAAAAGGAUCUUGAACUAUCAAGAAUCAUUUUCUUAAUUUCUUUAAUUUGUAUUCUUAUCAUUGGAGCAUUAUUUGUUAUUGUUUAUGGUGGUUUUAUGUUCUUUAUUCAAAGAAAGAAACAAUCAAAAUAUGCUUCCCUUCCAUGA